AAAAAAUCUCUAUUUGAUAGGGCUUCUUCCUAUACCUAUGAAUUCAAUUGGACCCAGAAAUGAUACAUUGGAAGAAUCCGUUGGGUCUUCCAAUAUCAAUAGGUUGAUUGUUUCGCUCCUGUAUCUUCCCAAAGGAAAAAAGAUCUCUGAGAGUUGUUUCCUGAAUCCAAAAGAGAGUACUUGGGUUCUCCCAAUAACUAAAAAGUAUAGCAUACCUAAAUCUAACUGGGGUUCGCGUUGGUGGAGGAACUGGAUCAGAAAAAAGAGGGAUUCUAGUUGUAAGAUAUCUAAUGAAACCAUCGUUGGAAUUGAGAUCUUAUUUAAAGAGAAAGAUCUCAAAUAUCUGGAGUUUCUUUUUGUAUAUUAUAUGGAUUAUCCGAUCCGCAAUGACCAUGAUUGGAAAUUGCUUGAUCGUCUUUCUCUGAGGAAGAGUCAAAAUAAAAUCAACUUGAAUUCAGGACCACUAUUCGAAAUCUUAGUGAAACACUGGAUUUCUUAUCUCAUGUCAACUUUUCGUCAAAAAAUACCAAUUGAAGUGGAGGGUUUCUUCAAACAACAAGGGGUUGGGUCAACUAUUCAAUCAAAUGAUAUUGAGCAUGUUUCCCAUCUCUUCUCGAGAAACAAGUGGGCUAUUUCUUUGCAAAACUGUGCUCAAUUUCAUAUGUGGCAAUUCCGCCAAGAUCUCUUCAUUAGUUGGGGGAAGAAUCCGCCCGAAUCAGAUUUUUUUAUGAAUGUAUCGGGAGAGAAUUGGAUUUGGUUAGACAAUGUGUGGUUGGUAAACAAGGAUCAGUUUUUUAGCAAGGUACAGAAUGUAUCGUCAAAUAUUCAAUAUGAUUCCACAAGAUCUAGUUUCGUUCAAGUAACGGAUUCUAGCCAACUGAAAGGAUCUUCUGAUCAAUCCAGAGAUCAUUUGGAUUCCAUUAGUAAUGAGGAUUCGAAAUAUCACACAUUGAUUAAUCAAAGAGAGAUUCAACAACGAAAAGAAAGAUCGAUUCUUUGGGAUCCUUCCUUUCUUCAAACGAAAUGAAAAGAGAUAGAAUCAGGCCGAUUCCCGAAAUGCCUUUCUGGAUGUUCCUCAAUGUCCCGGCUAUUCACGGAACGUGAGAAGUAGAUGAUUAAUCAUCUGUUUCCAGGAGAAAUCAAAGAAUUUCUUGGGAAUCCUACAAGAUCCAUUCGUUCUUUUUUCUCUGAUAGAUGGUCAGAACUUCAUCUGGGUUCGAAUCCUACUGAGAGGUCCACUAGAGAUCAGAAAUUGUUGAAGAAACAACAAGACCUUUCUUUUGUCCCUUCCAGGCGAUUGGAAAAUAAAUAAAUG